AUGGAGGUGACCAGUGAUCGGCGGUCUUUGGCAGCGCCGACCUCCAUGGAACUCGACUCAUCUGCGGGAGUCGGCGUCGAUAAGCUUCCUCCUAAGCCAAAGUUCGCCGCUCUCUCGGCUCAGGAGAUGGAUGGGAAGGUAGAGUUUCGAAGGAUACCGGUUCCUCCCCACCGGUACUCUCCUCUGAAGAAGAACUGGAUGGAGAUAUACACCCCCGUCUACGAACAAAUGAAGAUCGAUAUCCGCAUGAACCUCAAGGUUAUCUUUUCUUGGAUUAAUCUAACGGUUUUUUUACUGGAGUGAGUAACUGCAGUAGUUGCCCAAGUUAAAAGCACCAUGAAUGUCUCUCGUGGCCGAUCCAAAGAGUGUUGACGUAUCUAUCUAUGAACAGCAUUCGAUUUCACCCGGCCUACAUGAAUCCAUUCAACUGGCAGCCUCUAGUUUUUUUUCAACACGUCGUUCAUCGUGUUUCCAUUUAGGGAACCUGUCACACAUUACUCCGCGCAAGGAUGUUAGACACGUUUAUCUUUUUCGAAGUUCUGAUUAUUUUGUUCUUUUGUUUGCAUCUCGACGUUCAAAUUGAUUAAUCGUCGCGUAGCAGAUGAAGUGUCACUCCCCCCUCCUGUGAUUUGUAUGCGUUUCCUCUUGUGCUUGCACUCGAUGGAGCUGAUUUCAUUUUCACAUUUUUUUACUCGAUAUCCGCAUGAACCUCUAGGUGAUCUUUUCUUGGAUUAAUCCCACAGUUUUUUUUACUGAAGUGAGUAACUUCAGUAGUUUCCCAAGUUAAGAGCACCAUGGAUGUCACUCAUGGCCGAUCCAGAGAGUGUUGACGUAACUAUCUAUGAACAGCAUUCGAUUUCACCCGGCCUACAUGAAUCCAUUCAACUGGCAGCCUCUAGUUUUUUUCAACACGUCGUUCAUCGUGUUUCCAUUUAGGGGACCUGUCACACAUUUACUCCACGCAAUGAUGUUAGUCAUGUUUCGAAAUUGUAAUUAUUUUGUUCUUUUUUUUCGCAUCUCGACGUUCAAAUUGAUUAAUCCUCGCGUAGCAGAUGAAGUCUCACUCCCCCCACCUGUGAUUUGAAUGCGUCUCCUCUUGUGCUUGCACUCAAUUAGCUGAUUUCACUUUCACGUUAUUUUAUCCAAGGAAGAAUUUUUCUAAUGCACUCUCUAUUUAUCAACCAUCUAGUUUUUUUCCCCCAUCGCACCACCCGUUUUUUAGUGUUCUGCAAUGAAUGUUCUCGCCCAGAUUCCGAGCUUUGUUGAUCGAUGUUCUUGGCUUUUGUAACUCUCUAGGCCCGGAAGGUCGAACUGAAGACCAGACGGGACACGCCGGAGGUAGGCAACCUGCAGAAGUGCGCUGACUUCGUGCACGCCUUCAUGCUCGGCUUCGACGUCGCGGACGCCCUCGCCCUCCUCCGCCUGGACGACCUCUACGUCGAGUCCUUCGAGAUCCAGGACGUGAAGACGCUGCGCGGCGAGCACGAGAAGAGGGCCAUCGGCAGGCUCUCCGGCAAAGGGGGGAAGACCAAGUUCACCAUCGAGAACUGCACCCGCACCAGGAUCGUCAUCGCGGACAGGAAGAUCCACAUCCUCGGCUCCUUCGUCAACAUCAAGGUUGCCAGGGACUCCCUCUGCAGUCUGAUCCUGGGCUCCCCGGCAGGGAAGGUCUACUCCAAGCUCCGAUCCGUCACCGCCAGAUUGGCGGAGAGGUGCUGA